ACCGUUCUCUCGUGUUUCGUCUCCCCUUCGUUCCUUCCCUCCAGCUGCUACGACAGUCACUCUUUAUACACCACGUUCUUUACAGAGACAUGCCGCGCAUCGCGUAUGACGACCGAGACCCUCUCCUUCGUUAUUCGGCGCCUGCUGGGCAAUGGGUAAUCGCAUGGGGACCAGUCGACGGCACCGAGUACAUGGGCACGAGGACUGGGUCUCUCUUCGACGGAGCUGAAGUGACUUUCAACUUUGAAGGCACUCGAGUGUCAGUCUACGGCUUGAUAGGUACCAACCCAGCACGCCGUCCAACCACCGAAUACACCAUCGACGACCGCCCUCCCACACGCUUCGUCGCUCCGUCGCCGAUCGAGGAAGACCUACACCAGUACCUCUUCUACGAGUCGCCUGUCCUACCCAAUGGGCGGCAUACCCUUAAAAUUAGGAAUAUAGGACAGAACUCUGACUUUUGGCUGGAUGUAAUUUGGGUUGAACAGCCAGAAGCGGGGGAUCCUCCUCCUCCUCCACCUCCACCUCCAGUCCCAACUCCCACUCCAACCCCGACUACGACUCCAUCUCCCAGCCCCUCGAACGACGAAAGCCCUUCCGACGAGCAACCUCCGGUGCCAGCUUCGCCCACCAGCCGCACAAAUGAUAGCGCCCAAAACGUGACUGGAGGAAACUCAUCGGUCGUACCCACCGGGCCACCUUCCAUUACUUCCCGCAUCAUUUCAACAGGCAACGAAACCGUCGGAGGCGACCGCACGGUAUAUCAAACUCUCAGAGUCAAGACUGUGUCGAUGAUAGGGAGCACCCAAACUGAAGACUCUGCCAUCUCGGCGGAGACGGAGCUUGGAAGCAAAUCGGGUGCGCCAUCUGGACCGAACGCUGGUGCGAUUGUAGGUGGUGUUAUUGGUGGGCUUGCGCUGUUGCUGUUGCUUGGGUUUACGGCUUUGUUUUUGAAGAGGAGGAGGGGGAAGAAAAGUGUAGUUUUGAUGAGUGGUUGA